AUGGAAUUCGAAGUGACGGGAGCGGAGAGGGGGCCAACCCUUGACCUGGCAAAGGGGUUUGAAAGAGAUUACGAAAAAGUUUGGGUACUAUUGAAUGAUUGUCAUAAUCGGAAUCAGAGAUGUCGCAUGAUUUGUACCGAACCACGUCGGCUGUAUGCACACAUCAAUGCUGAGCGCAUAGCCCAUCUUCGAGGCGAAACAGUGGGACAGACAAUAGGUUAUCAGAUACGAUUGGAAUCGAAAGUAUCUCCGCGAACUCUUCUCACGUUCUGUACGCAUGGAGUCUUGUUGAGGACCAUAUAUGCUGAUCCGGGACUGAUUGCUGGCACAACACAUAUCUUAGUAGAUGAGGUGGAAGAAGACGAAAUUCCUUUGCACAGAAAUUUGAUUUCAAGAAAUAACGUCUUCUCGGAACCUGAUCAGAAUUCUCCUAAUCUAUCCGCUGACGCAACAGACCGCCCAGAUGACGAUACACACUUACACCCGUCAGCGAUAUCCAGUAAAACGGAAGGUUGUGGCAUAUUACUGGGCAUGCUGCCAUGGCUCUUGAAUCACUAUCCUCACCUAAAAGUGAUCUUGCUUGUGAACUUACGAAAAACGACUUUUGAUUCUCGUCGGUUGGAACUAUAUAACGAUAUUGUCCAACACACGGUUGAAUACCAAGCCCAAGUAUGUGUGUACCAUUCUCCAUCCGCGCACAAGUUUGAGUAUUUUUUAGAAGAGCAUGGGUUGGAAGAAAAAUACACCGCGGAAACAUCUGUGGCAUUAGGACAAUCACCACAAUCCUUCAACACGAACUGUUGUGAGUGUGCAGACCAGUUCUCCAAAUCGUCUGGAAAACUUCGAAAUCCAUUGAAGUUUUCAAUGGAUAACAGUGCCAAUAAGAAUAUUUUGUUCUCUCCCCUCAGUGAACUGGAAGUACCUUCGGCGUCAAAGUCAUGUGCUUUUUCAUUUCCGUCCAGGCAAACGUUCCAGCGGUGUCCGAAUCUCCAAACUAUCGAUAUGAAACAUGCCGCAUGUAUAACUUUGAAAACCGAACUAAUAUCAAGUUGGAAUCUUUUUUAUGAGAAGGCGCAGACUCUAACUAUUCCCUACCCUGAUAGACAUAUCGCAACAUAUUAUCUGGAGGAUAUCUUAUCUUGGGUCGGCUACUGGAACGCCAAUAUGCAUGAUGCCAGUAUAACCCUGUUGCAAGAUGAAUCUAAAUGCCAAGUGCUGGCCAGUUGGCUCAACGAAACGCAGUUUCCUUCAGCGAACCUGGACGGAACAGUUGAACUAGGCGAUAACUUCGUGCAUCUUCAGCGCACAGGAAUUCCGAACCCUGUAUUUGUAAAUGAAUCUGUAAGUUUCUUCGUACGUAACUCAGUUACUGUCCACUACUAUUAUAGUUGUCAUUAUAAUCACCAACACCUGUAG